AUGGUGCCCAAGCGAUUCAGAAUACCUUGUGUGUUUCAGGCACCAUUUUUUCUUGACGACGUGGUCAUUUUCUUCAGCCAGGAAGAGUGGGAUUUGUUGAAUGAUGCUCAGAAGAAAUUCUACAGGGACGUGAUGAUGGAAAUCUUUGAGAACGUGGACUUUAUUGGUAAAAGCCUUGAAAUUAUUCAUGACGGAGAAGCAUUAUCCCCUGAAAGUACUCAGUUGACAUUCUUGAGGACUACCCAUCCCUGGCAUUCCAUGUUAGCAAAAAUGUUCAAAUUGUGUGGCAAAGAAGAUCAACAUAAUAUUGUAGAGGCCGAAUGGAGAAGAGUAACAACAGAAGAACUGUGCGAACGGAGUGAAGAAAAUCACCCUGACAAACUGUGCAUCAGAUUUCCAAAUUAUUCCUGCAACCGUGUAGAUGUGAACCUCUUGAGGGCCGACAUUGGUGAAAGCAGCUAUGCGUGUAAGAAAUGUGAGAAAGAUUUUUGUACUUUCUCCUCAUUUUGGAUACAUGUAGUAGAUGAACAUGAAACUACAGAAUAUGGUAAAAUCUAUAGGAAUCCUUUCUCUUUAGAUUUUCAAGAAACAUUUAGUGAUGUAAAUGAGCCUUCCAAUUGUACUGGAAAUGAGAAACACUUUGCUUCAUCUGACCCCCUUAUGAGUCCAUCAGACCUCACCAUCAAGAGAAAGUCGUACAGUGUAGAGAAGCCUUAUAAAUGUCCGGUAUGUGGAGAAUCUUUUCGUUAUUUCUCAUGGCUCAGGAGACAUGCAAGAACACACACAGAUGGGAAACCUUAUGAAUGUCACCAGUGUGGGCAUAGCUUUCUUCGGCUCGGCCAUUUAACUGCCCAUGCCAAAAUUCACUCAGCAGAGAAGCCUUUUGAAUGGAAGGAAGGUGAGAAAACCAUUUCUCAAUCAAAUCACCUCAUUAAGCAUACUCAGAUUCGCACAGGAGAGAUACCCUGUGAACGCAAGGAAGGUACGAAAGCAGCUUUAGAAUCCAGUCACCUCAAAAGACGUGGACGAGUUCAUGGAGGUCGACAGAAGAAAUGUUAUGAAUGCAAGGAAUGUAUGAAGAGUUUCCGUCACCUUGGUCAUUUUACUGUGCACACAAGAAUCCACACAGGAGAGAAGCCUUAUGAAUGUAAGGACUGUGGGAAAACAUUUUCCCAGUCAGGUCAGCUCACUAUACACAGAAGAACUCACACAGGAGAGAGACCUUACCAGUGUGAUCAGUGUGGGAAAACGUUUCCCUAUCCAUCUAGCCUUAGCCAUCAUAGAAGAAUUCACACAGGCGUGAAACCUUGUGAAUGUAAGGAAUGCGGGAAAACCUUUACCAGUUCAAGCAUACUCUCUAAACAUAGAAGAAUUCACACAGGAGAGAGACCGUACCAGUGUGACCAGUGUGGGAAAACGUUUCCCUAUCCAUCUAGCCUUACCCAUCAUAGAAGAAUUCACACAGGAGUGAAACCUUGUGAAUGUAAGGAAUGUGGGAAAACCUUUACCCGCUCAAGUAACCUCUCUACACAUAGAAGAAUUCACACAGGAGAGAGACCUUACAAAUGUCUGGAAUGUGGGAAAACAUUUUCCCGAUCAAGUCGGCUUACUUCACAUCAAAGAAUUCAUACAGGAGAGAAACCUUAUGAAUGUAAGGAAUGUGGAAAAACAUUUUUGCGUUCAGAUAACUUCACGGUACAUAGGAGAAUUCACACAGGAGAGAGACCUUAUGAAUGUAAGGAAUGUGGAAAAACAUUUUCGCGUUCAUAUGCCCUCACUGUACAUAGGAGAAUUCACACAAGUGAGAGACCUGAUGAAUGUAAGGGUUGUGGGAAAUCAUUUUCCCAGUCAACUCACCUCUGUCAACAUAGAAGAAUUCACAUGGGAGAGAGACCUUUUGAAUGUCUGGAAUAUGGGAAAACAUUUUCCCAGUCAGGUCAGCUCACUUCACAUCAAAGAAUUCAUACAGGAGUGAAAUCUUACGAAUGUAAGCAAUGUGAAAAACAUUUUUGCGAAUGUGGGACAACAUUUUUGCUUUCAAAUUACCUCAUUGUACCUAGAAGAAUUCACACAGGUGAGAGACCUUAUGAGUGUCAGGAAUGUGUGGAAACCUUUCUCGACACUAGCACAGUAAGAAAACACCAAAGAAUUCACACAGGAGAGAGACCUUACAAAUGUCAAGAAUUUUUUGUAAAAUAUCUGCAGGUCUUAGAGAUCAGAAGUGGAAGUAUAGCCGAGCCAGUGACCACUGGUUUCCCCUCCCAAGUCCGAGGUGGCGGCUCUCACCGUCCGAUCGUGUCCGGUGUGUCCCGGAGUCCCCGGGCCUUCCUCCCGGAGCAGCCGCAGCCGCUGCUUACCGACAUUCUUGCUUCACCGGCCUCUGUGCGCGUCCCCGGGGGUCGGGAGGUGUGUGUGCGCGGAGGACCAGGGUGGUGGUCAGUCCCCGGGAGGUGA